CUAAAUUAGUCAUGGAAUCAUGUAGUCAAUUAAUACGUUAUAUUAUGUCUAUUUGUAAUGAAUUUAAAUUAUUAUCAUCUAUCCAUAAUAUUAAUGAUGUACAUGAUACAAAUACAGUAAUAUUAAGAAAAUUAGAAUAUAUGACUGAUAAACUUUGUGAAUCAUUAAAAGGUUUAAUAAUACUUACUAAAGAAAUUGCAAAAUUUCUUACAAAUGAAUAUGAAUAUAUAUCAUCUCAUAAAAUGAUUCCUAUACCUGGUCCAUUAUUACAACGUUUAAAUGGUGCAUUGAAAUCAAUUCAAAAUUCAAUUAAAACAAUUCAUGAAUUAAUAAAAGAAUAAUUAUCAAUAUUUAUUUCAUGUAUUGAUUAGAAAAGAUGAGCAUUUUAAUAAUCCUCAUAGAAUAUAUUCAUAAAUGAAGAAUAUUUGAGCGAUCAAUUGUAUUCAAUAACUUCAUCAUCAGGCUCUAUACAGUUAUGAGUCCAUAAUUAUUAUGAUAUUUUACUAAGGUCAAAAAUAAGGCAUGUAUUAAUGAAUUUGACAAUGUUUAUUUUGGCCCACAACUGGAUCACCGAAUACCUAAACUGAAUAUUAUAAACAUCUUACCCCCUCUUUUUUAAUUACCUCUAUCUUGGAGAAUGCUGGUCAGCGGCCUAUGCUCCAUUGGGAGUAACAGGCGUAAGUAAGUAAG